CGUCAACAUAUAAAAACCUAGCCAGCCGAGAAAACGAAAGAUCGCACGACUCCGAGACAUGGAGAUGGAGUCUGGAGUGCUGACGGAGCAACGCCGCGAAAUCGAAGAGGCCAAAACCUUAAACUCUGAUCUCGACUUGGCAUUCAAUCUCCAAAUGCAAGAAGCGAUGACAGCCUCCCUUUCCAUCCUCAAUCAUCCUCCCUCAACGUUCUCGCCAUCUUCCUCCUCCACUCCCAAAAACGAAGAAGCAAAAGCAGAAGCAGAAGAUUUCGACUGCUGCUCGAAUUUUUUCCUGGAGGAUAUCGAGAGGCUGGAUCAAGAACGCAAGGACCGUGAAGAAAGUGAGAAUCUAAUGAGAGAAAUGAGAGAAGAUCUGGACCGUCGAAUGCACGAUCAAAAAGUCGCUAGCGAAAUCAUGAACAUCCCUGACGAAGAAUGGGAGGAAUACGGAGAUGAUUACGAAGACCCGUUCGAGAAUGGAGAGAGGGUUAGUUUUUUCAAGGUGUAUAGCAAGGGAGUGGAGAGUGAAGAGAGGAUCAGGGAUAUGAAGGUAAUUGUGGGUGGAAUUGGAGUUGCCAUUUGUGAUUCUAAGGAUAAUUUGAUCUUUGAAGUUAGCAAGGGUAUAGAUGUUGGUGCAGAAGGCAGUAGUAGUAAUAAGAGUUGUGCAGGGGUUUCAGUGGAGCUCCAGGCUUUGAUUGAAGGGUUAAAUGCUGCUUUUGCUUUGGAUUUGAAAAACCUCACCUUCUUUGUUGACCACUCUAUGCUCUACCAAUAUGUUACUGGUGCUGUUCAACCACAAAAUGGUAAGAUUUCGACCUUGGUGAAUCAGGUGUCUCUUCUUCAGAAAAAGUUUGCAGAUUGUAAGCCGUCCCUUGUAGCAUGCUCUGAUGUCAAGUUUGCAUUUAGAUUUGCAAAAGACGCCAUAGUUUCUCAGAUCACUUGGCCUGCAGAAAAUAGCAAAGGCAAAAGGAAACUGAAAGAGACUUGUGUAAUAUGCUAUGAAGAUACAGAUGUAGAUCAGAUAUUCUCAGUUGAUGGCUGUUUUCAUAGAUAUUGCUUUCCCUGUAUGAAACAGCAUGUUGAAGUGAAGUUACUUCAAGGGACAAUGGCUAAGUGUCCUCAUGAAGGCUGUAAAUCUGAAGUUAGUAUUGAGACUUGUGGGGAAUUCCUGGACCCAAAAUUAGUUGAGAUAAUGAGCCAAAGGAAAAAGGAAGCUUCUAUUGCUGUUACAGAGAAAGUUUACUGUCCAUAUCCAAGAUGCUCUGCAUUAAUGUCAAAAAGUGAGGUUUUGGAAUAUACAAAUUCAUCAUUUGUUGGUGGUGAAAAAUCUGGAGCCAGGAAAUGUGUAAAAUGUCAUUUCUUUUUCUGCAUCAACUGCAGAGUUCCAUGGCACUACAAUAUGACCUGUUAUGAUUAUAAAAGAUCAAAACCUCAUCCCCGCACGGAAGAUAAGAUGCUUGAUAGUCUUGCAAAAAGAAAACUUUGGCGCCAAUGUGUGAUGUGCAAAAAUAUGGUGGAACUUGCUGAAGGCUGCUAUCAUAUCACUUGCAGAUGUGGAUACGAGUUCUGUUAUACCUGUGGAGCUAAGUGGAAGAACAAGAAACCUACAUGUAGCUGUCCGAUCUGGGAUGAGAGGAACAUCAUUCGCGAUGGGAGAAGGCGAUGAUCACGGUUGCCGUGAAAUGACAUUUUAGGCUUAUUUUCCUCUCUCGGCUUUUGUUCAAUUACCAAGUAGAAAACCUUCAUUUUGUAUAUAUGCUUAUGGGUGAAAGUCUCAAAUCUUGAUUCUCCCCAAGGAGUUCCUGUUUUUCAGGGACCAUUAAUUAUAAUAGCAAGCAAAACCUUUAAAUUA